GAAGGACGGUAGCGCCGUCAUGGCAACGUCAUUUCCGUGGGCGGAGCCAGGAGCCGGAGCUGAACAAGACUGAAGCACCAUGCAGUUUUACUUUCUGUUUCACCUCUUGCUGAGCUGUGGGCUUGCAGCUGGCAAGUUUGAAGACUUUGAGGACACCGAUGACAUUGCUGAUUAUGAUGACAAUGACUUUGCAGAGUUUGAAGACACAAGUGAGGACGUACCCCAGGAAACUCUUCAGAAGGUCACUACUGUUCAAGAUGAUGAGGAAGAGGCAACUGUAGAAGUGGAGGAUCAAGAUGAAAACCAGGAAGACUUUGAGGAUUCCGAUGUGGCAGGAGAAGGAGAUGCAGAAGGAGAGCCAUUUGAUGAUGAAGAAUUUGAAGGCUACGAGGAGGUGGACAGACCUUCCAGCAGAAGCAAAGAUCCGAUUAAAAUUGUUAAUGUCCCACAUCAUCUGCAGAACAGCUGGGAAAGCUACUACAUGGAGAUUCUGAUGGUGACAGGCCUGUUGGCUUACAUCAUGAACUACAUCAUAGGCAAAAACAGAAACAGCAGGCUGGCUACUGCAUGGCUCACCUCUCACAAAGAACUGCUGGAGGCCAACUUUUCCCUUGUUGGAGAUGAUGGGAUCAAUAAAGAACCCAUCAGCACAGGGAAACUGACCCAGGAAAAUGAACAUAUCUACAACCUGUGGUGCUCAGGGCGUGUGUGCUGUGAGGGAAUGCUCAUUCAGCUGAAGUUUCUGAAACGGCAGGAUUUGUUAAACGUACUUGCGAGGAUGAUGAGGCCGGCCAGUGAUCAAGUGCAAAUCAAAGUGACAAUGAAUGAGGAAGACAUGGACACCUAUGUGUUUGCUAUUGGGUCACGGAAGGCCAUGCUCCGGAUGCAGAAGGAGAUGCAGGAUUUGAGUGAGUUUUGCAGCGAUAAGCCCAAGUCAGGGAUUAAAUUUGGGCUUCCUGAUUCCUUAUCGAUCCUGUCUGAGAUGGGUGAGGUAACCGAAGGUAUCCUAGACAACAGGAUGGUGCAUUUCCUGUCCAGCCACGCUGACAAGAUUGAAUCUGUCCAUUUCUCGGACCAGUUCUCCGGGGCUAAAAUUAUUCAAGAAGAGGGUCAGCCCCUCAAGCUGCCUGACACUAAAAAGACCCUCCUGUUUACAUUUAAUGUGCCUGGAACCGGCAACACUUCUCCAAAGGAUAUGGAGUCCUUGUUACCUUUAAUGAAUAUGGUUAUUCACAGCAUUGACAAAGCAAAGAAGUACCGCCUGAACAGAGAGGGUAAAAUAAAAGCUGAUAAAAAUCGUGCUCGUGUGGAGGAGAACUUUCUAAAGAUGACGCAUGCACAACGUCAGGAAGCUGCGCAAACACGCAGGGAGGAGAAGAAGCGAGCAGAGAAAGAAAGGAUCAUGAAUGAGGAGGACCCUGAGAAACAGCGCCGACUUGAGGAGGCUGCUCUCCGCCGGGAGCAGAAGAAACUGGAGAAACGUCAGAUGAAAAUGAAGCAGAUCAAAGUGAAAGCAAUGUAGGACAGCCCGCUACCUGCAGGAGGGGAGGAGACUGCUUCCUUGCCAGAGCUUAAACCCACAUCAAAUUGAAAUGUUUGGUUUCAUGGGGAAAAAAAAGUAACCUCAGGGCACCUGGAUAAUAAUCAGCAAUUUAUACACCAGGCUCCACACCUGCCACUUUCAAAAAGAACACUUGGCAAAAUUAAUUUUCCUCCCUCUUACUCUACAUCCCACCCUCGAUUCUGCAUGAAACUCGACAGAGUGGCAUUGGGACUGGAUGUCAUCUCAUCCAACCCCGCUCGAACUUGCCAACUUCAAACAGAACUGGAUAUGAAACCUUAAGCUGUUGAUUUACAGUCAGCCAUAAGCCAAACAGUAGACCCUGUUCGAGACUUUACUGUGGUACGUGUGGGUGGGUACUUCACUGAUCCAUGGUUUUAUCUCCCAAUUUCUAGAUGGUCAUCACUGCAGAUCUCCGUUAAAUUUAUCUCAGACGGUUAUCUUUAUCUGUUUACCAAAGUAGUUUACUGAUUCCCUUGUUGGCUGGUGUCAUUAGUGAACUGGUUUGGCUGUCAAUGCACGACACAACACUAAAAGAGUAGAUUAAGAGCUUUUGGGUUGGCUUGGUUCAGGUUUGUGCUGAGGAUGCAUUGAGAACACUGAGUAGGGAAAUCACAACAGGCAAAGACAGGCCUUGGGUGAUAAAGUGUUCAGCAAGGUGUGUGAUGGACUCAUCACUGAUCAAGGCUGAACUUGGGGAGGGCCACAUUAGGACAGUCCUGCAUUAGGGAGGAAAACAUUUGUCAGAGAUUCGCCACCUUUAUUUCAGCCCCCUUCCUCCUCGUCCUUAUUUUACUGGAAUUUCACAUUUGGACUUCAGGCAAAAGUAAGAUUAGCGCUCAUUGAACAGUCGACCAAUAAAUCUUUCAGGAAGAAAAGUCACUUACAACCACGGACUGAGCAUCAUUCCCACAAGCAAACCUUAUGCCAGCAGCUGCUUUAAAUAGAGACAAAAAAUGAGUGGUUGAAAAAUAUCCCCUUGGCAUGUGGUAGAGAUGUUGUUGCUGCUAUAUCAGGUCUGGCUCCAAUUAAAGGUGCACAGCAGUUCCUUUGCUCAAUUAGAUAUUUUGACAUGUACCCAAUGUUAGACCUGCCUCUGAAGCACCUCAGCAGAAUUAGGAAUGUUUCAGUUCUCCUAGAAGGGUGAACUUCACUUCACUUCAACCACUUUGGUGCACUUCCCACUCAACCAAUAUCCAGUGAUUUUAGGAGUAGGAUUUUGCAAAUUAACUUGAAGCUAUCCAGAUGUAGGCCUGGGUGCCUUUCAGUAAUACAGGAGCCUGGUCAUCUCUUGUUACUUUAAUGAUCCAACCCAUCAGCCUGUGAAGCUGAGAGCACUCUCCGUGAUGGACAAGGUCAGCUGGUGAGUUGGCUGUGUUCUUGAUACUGUUUACUGACCUCUUGCCCCACAUUGGCUCCAUGUGGGCCAACUGGCGAUAGCAUUGGCAAAUUGCUAACUGAAAAAUAUCAGUGUAUUUGCAGGUGCCACCCUUACCAGAUGAAACAAUCCCGUCAAGAAAAGAAGAAAUGAAUACAGUGGCACAUCUUAAAAAUCUCUGUGUUUCUUGGGUGUUGGUUACCCUUGUUAGUGGGCGUGUGGAAGUGGAAUGUGAAGGUUGACCUUCAGGUUUAGGAUGAGGCCCACCAAGUUGUGCUGUCUCUCUGAGUACGCGCAGUCAGACAGUCCAUUCAGUCCAGUUGCUGAACUUCUCAUUGAAACAAGAGUUCUGGAUGUAAUAUUGCAUACUCAGGCCCAGUUGACAGGAAUAUGGAAAUUAAAUAUAUUUGUCCUGUGACUGUUUUCAUCCAGGUCUGGGCUGUCUAGUUCUGUUCCCAGAAUAAAGGUGAUGUUAUUUUGUUCAUGUGGAAAAUUGAUAUCUGACACUUAGAUGUUUUCAUGUUAGCCAUGAAUGAACACCCAACCCAAACGAGACUCACAUUCUGUCUGGUGAGCUUAUGUUAAUAUUUAUAUUUUAAUACACCUCUUUCACUUGUCACAUGGAGCAGGAAUGACCCUGCCCUGUACUGGCUUACCACCUCUUGCCAGAAAGUGAAAAAUACUGGAUACCAGCCCAGUUUAUAGGCCACUUCUGGGUAAGCUGUGAACACAAACGAAGAGUAGGAAUUUGUCAAGAAUGAUCAUGGAGGUGAAAGAAAGGUCUGGGCAUCUUUGCCAGAUUCCUAUCCUAUUGAAGAGCAUUUUGCACGCUGGGGACACAAUAAUAAGAGAAGGCUAUUCAGUCCCUUGAGCCAUUUUAGCAGAUCAUGGCUGGUCUGUACCUGCCUUUGCUGUGUAUCCCUUAAUACUCUUACUUAAUUGACCUUUGUUUUGCCAAUUGGGGGCAAGAGUUCCAGGUUUUAGUUGACAUUUGUAUGAAAAUGUACUUUCUUAUCUCACUGUUAAAUGACCUUGUAGUGUCCGGGGACUGAAGUUUAUACUUCUGGUUUAUGAAAUGAGCCCAAAUAUUGGACACAACAAGGAAAAAUGGUAAACUAAUUAUUCAAUGUUAACUAAAUGCUUUCUGCCUCCAUAAAAUCGGGGGAUAAUUCAGUUAAUUCCACAAUGCCAGACCAGAUUCUACACGUUUGUAAUGCACCAGCUUAAUUUUAAGGGAAUAGGUUUGGAAGUUGAGAAAGCUAAGUUGUGUAUUUGAGACACUACAAUUACUUCAGAAUUGUCCAGUUUGUAAGCGUGUGCAGGCAAGCUGCAUUGACCUGAAGGCACCAGGGUUUCACUCCUUGUUUUGGCCAGAAGGUGGCAGGGGAGCAGCAGUUUGUAUGAUCAGCAUGGGGUUGGGUGUGGGGGGUCCGUGUAGGGAGGGUGCAGAGGCAGGAAGAAUGAUCAGCCAGGCAACCUGCUGUCCAUUAACCUCUGAUAGAUGUCUGUGAGUAGGCAGGAAUGGUCUGCAGUGGUGGUCAUUACCAUCCGAAUCACCAUUUUGGUUGAUCUGUGAAGGUUGACUGUUUAUAAUAAUGAGGCAGCCGGGGUGGACAAGGUCAAAGUGAAACAAGGCCAGGUUAUGGUCCAACAGGACUUUUUUGAAAUUAAAAUGACCAUGCCUGAGGAAGGAGCGGAACUCCGAAACCUGGCAAUUUCAAAUAAACCUGUUGGACUAUAACCCGAUGUUUGAUUUUUGACCUUUAUAAUAAUGAAAGGCUGGUGGUACAGUACCGUGAGAGAGUUGGCAUUUACAAGGAAGGAGAGGGGGAAUGGCUGAAGAGAGAAAAUCGAGAGUUAAUGUACUCUGCUUCAACAUUCUUGGUGGGGGGUUUGAGAGGAGCAUGCUGGGAGCUGUGCAGAGUCUGUGACCUUCUGUAAAUCUGGUCACUGUUAAUUUGGACAGAGUAAUUUUUUUUAAUAUAUGGAAAGGGGCAACGCACUCUCGGGAUUUGUGCUAUGGAGCGGUGAGCCAAUGCUCAAAUUUUUGCCAGUGAUUGUGUCGCCUUGACUGGUCCAUGUGUUUUUAUUCAUGGGUACUGCUAGCUGACCAGUAUGGAUUGCCUGUCCCUAGUUGCCCUUGAGAAGGUGAUAGUGGUGCUGAGCUGCCUUCUUCACCCACAAUGCCAUCAGGGAGGGAAGUUUAGUUUUAGAGGGGGGGUUCCUAUUGCUAUCCUGCACAAACCUGUUUCUCCUGGCAUUCCAUGUCCCACUGUAUUCUGUCCAAUACUGCAGUGUAGCGUGAGGUGGACGGAAGGGAGGGUGUUCGCUGAAUAUUUUUGUUCUCCAAUUUAUUUAAGUAAAUGGAAUGUUACUGAAUCAAUCAUGGUAUGUGUGUGGAAUGCAUGGACUGAAUAAAAACUUUUAUAUUGCACUAAA